AACCAUCUGAACUUUGCUUGCCCUAAGAUGAUCAGGUUGAGUUCAGAAUAUGUAGCGAUCCUAAAAGCCAAUUCGAAGCGCGAUUUGAAGAUGCUGUUCAAGGAUUUCAAUAUCCCUGGCACGACUGAGGAUGGACUCAUCAGAGCCUAUGAGCAAGUAACAGCCAAAAAGGUGCAGUGUUUAUUCAUAGAUUCGGUGAAGGUGAGAUGA